CAUUCUUUCACUCGCACCGCCAUGUACCCCUCGACGGACAUACGGCACUUCCCCCCUUGCAUGGAAAAUUUAUGGCUUACUCUGUGUCUGCACUGAACGGCAAUGUCAGGGUCAGAAGUAUAUUGCAAGGUAUGCAUGCUGAGCUAGCUGAACAAUAGUUCUUAGUUGCGGUGCAGUGCCGUCUGCUCGAUGACUCCACACGACGGUGGAAGCCUGCACCACACAAGCAUGGUAGCUGACCCUUAGCAAAAGGAGUUACCUGUGCCUUGAAGAUUGGACGUGUUAGCACACGAGGAAGUGAAACAGUGUACAGCCAUAGCGUACCCAGUUCCAUGCGGUAGUCGCCCAGAUGGAAGCGCUCCGAACGAAGACGACGGAGUUCGGGCACGAAGCUUCAGACUAUCGGAGAUCCCGAAGAGUAUCUCAUGGUUACUGAUCGAGUGCAAGUAUGUUCGGAUGGCAGAUUCUGUCUGCGGGUCACGCGCAGUAUGCCGCGAAAACGGGACUCCUGCUCAACCAAGUAAUCGAGCCAAGGCAAUCGUAGCAUUCUUACUGGCGGCUGGACAUGAUGCUGUGAGUGCAUUUUGUCUUUUUUCUGCGUGAUUCACGCUGGUACAUGCCUACCCAGCAUCGGUGGAAGUUGCGUCCGUGCGCGCUAAGCGCUUAGCUGGUCUGAGCUCGGUACAGCUUUAGACUUUUGAUCUGCGUCCGGCGCACGAUUUGAUCUGUGACGUCGUCAAAGUGGCGUCUAUCUCGCGUGACCGCCACGCGAGACUCAGCUUCUUCCCUGCAAACUCUAUCUGGCUGUGUGCUCGUUCACCGCCUCGGUACGCUGCUUCUGCCACAGUGGACCACCACACGGCUCGGUCGACGAUGACUCCGCUCGUCGACGACGUUUGCCCACGGAGAAAUAUCUGAGCCGCCGACGGAGGGCCCCUCUACAAAACCCCGAGGGGUUUGAGCAGGAUGGAGGCGUCGACGGCGGCGCACUCGAACCCCAGACAGACAAACAGACAGACAUGGCCACCUGGAGGAACAUAAACACCAUCAUUGAAGGCCGGUUGUUCCUCGGAACGAUUGACGCCGCAAAGUCUUCGAGGAUCCUCACGGAACGCCGUGUGACCCAUAUCGUGUCUGUCGGGGCCGAGCCCAUUCCUGCGGAAAACCCCGCGUCUGGCUACAAACACCUGCGGAUCCCAGUCGAAGAUGUCGAUUACGCGGACCUGCUCAUAUGGUUGCCUACGGCGUGUCGCUUCAUCCAUGAAGCUAUGACGCGGGGAGGGGUGUGCCUUGUACAUUGCGUGCAGGGUAUCUCACGCAGCGCUGCGGUCGUUGCUGCAUACCUCAUGUUCUCGCAGCGCGUCGGUGUAACCAGGGCUAUUGAGAUGGUUCGGCAGGCCCGAGAGCAAGUCUGGAUCUUGCCAGGUUUCCAGGAGCAGCUCGUCUUGUUUGAACUGUGCCAAUACAAUCCUCAUGAGAACGAGGGCAUUUACAGGAAAUGGCGCAACAAACUUCAAAACCACGGCCAUUAACGCGCCGCGCGCUCUACAAAAGUGUUCCCGAUGCUGCGAUUGACGACACACAGUCGUGCAUGGAGGGGCAAUAUCGACCAAGGUUAUAGGUCUUGUAAUAAUUAUCGGUGGUCGUUAGACUCGUGCGAGUUAUCGUCUUGGAGAGCUUAUUAACCUUACUAGUCUCCCCUUAAUCCCUACUUUUUGCUGUAGUAUAGGGCUCAUGUAUUUUUCUUGAUGGUUUAGUCUUGUACCGUCGUUAUAUAUAUAUGCUACUUUUUUUU